AUGCUUGAGGAGGAGGAUGGGACGGGGCAGCUGCUCAUCGUCUCCGGCGGCGGCGGCGGCGGCGGCAGGCUGAAGCACCGCACCAACAAGCGUCCCCGCCAUUGGUCAUCCUCCUUGCCGUCACCCGCUUCGUCUUCCUCCUCCCGAAGCGGCAGCACCACCACACAGCAAGAGGAAGACGAGGAGGCGGACGUGGCCAAGUGCCUCAUCCUCCUAGCCCAGGGCCCCGCCGUGGCCGUGGAGCCACAGCCACCAAUAGUAAUGCCGGCACCCGAGACGCCCAGGAGCACGAGCCGCAUGUACGCCGGCGUGUCGUCAUCGUACGAGUGCAAGACGUGCAACAAGUGCUUCCCCUCCUUCCAGGCCCUCGGCGGCCACCGCACCAGCCACAGCAACGACAGGAAGAAGCAGCAGCCGCGGCGGCCGGAGCAGGAGGCCGCCGCCGCUGCUGUCACCACGACGCUUAGCCUGCGCACAGCAGCAACGGGGAGGCCGGUGGCGCACGAGUGCUCGGCAUGCGGCACCACGUUCGCGUCCGGGCAGGCGCUUGGCGGGCACAUGAGGCGCCACAGGCCGCUCACCAUGAGCGCGGCGGCGCCGGAGAGCGUGGUCACCGCCGACGACAGUAGCAAUAGUAAUGGGCGGCGGCUGCUGCUGCUGCAGGAGAGGAGCGCAGGAGGCAACCACCACGUCAACCUGGAGCUGGACCUCAACCUGCUGCCAGCGCCGUCGACGGAGCAGGAGGUGACAUCCCCGGCAAAGCGCAUGCACCACCACUUGAAUUGA